AUGAAGCUGAAUAUCUCCUUCCCUGCCAUCGGCUGUCAGAAACUCAUCAAAGAGAACGAGUGCCAGCUUCCUACAUUCUACAAGAAGCACAUGGCCACAGAAGUAGCUGCUGAUGCUCUGGGUAAAGAGUGGAAGGGUUAUGUGGUCCGAAUCAGUGGCGGGAAUGGCAAACAAGGUUUUCCCAUGAAGCAAGAUGUUUUGACUCAUGGCAGAGUGCACCUGCUGUUGAGUAAGGGGCAUUCUUUUUUUUUACCAAGGAGAACAGGAGAGAGGAAGGAGAAGUCUGUUCAAGGAUGCAUCGUGGAUGCCAAUCUCAGUGUUCUCAACUUGGUUAUUGUAAAAAAAGGAGAGAAGGAUAUUCCUAGACUGACAGAUACUACUGUGCCUUGUCGUUUGGAACCUAGAAGAGCUAGCAGAAUCCGAAAGCUUUUUAAUCUCUCUAAAGAAGAUGAUGUCUGCCAAUACGUGGUCAGAAAGCCGUUAAACAAAGAAGGGAAGAAGUCCAGGAUCAAAGCACCCAAGAUUCAGGAACUUGUUACUUUGUGUGUCCAGCAACACAAAUGCCAUCGUAUUGCUCUAAAGAAACAAGAAAAAAAGAAAAACAAGGAGGAGGGUGAAGAAUAUGCUAAACUUUUGGCCAAGAGAGUGAAGGAAGCCAAAGAAAAGCGCCAGGAAGGAGGCAGGCUGUGCGCUCUGAGAGAUUCUACUUCUAAGUCUGAGUCCAGUCAAAAAUAA